AUGGAACAGAGUCAAGAUCUGAACAUAGAUCUGACUCCAAAGCCUGACACCUCCAAAUUACAGAGCCACUCCUCGGCUCGCGUCCCGAGGCUGGUCCGGAGCCGGCGGCCCCGCGGGUCCCGCCUGGGUGCUGCCCCCGCGCCCCUGGCCGCCCCCCGCCGGGGCGGGGCGCGCGGAGGCGGGGGCGCGCUGGCGGCCGAGGCGGCGGCGGAGACAGGCGGGCCGGGCGCGUGUCCGCGGCGCGGUGACUCGGCGGCUCCGCAGCGGCUGCAGCGGGAGGACCCGGCCGGAGCCGCCGCCGCCGCCGCCAUCGCAGCCGGGCGGCCGGGCCCCGCCGCCGGGAUGCCGAAGAGCCGGGGCGGCCGCGCCGCGCCGGGGCCGCCGCCGCCGCUGGGCCUGGCCCCGCGCUGCAGCCGCUGGCGGGCCCCGGGGCGGCUGCUGCUGCUGCUGCCCGCGCUCUGCUGCCUCCCGGGCGCCGCGCGGGCGGCGGCGGCGGCGGCGGCGGGGGCCGGGGACCGGGCGGCGCGGGCGGCCGAGGCGGAGGCGCCCUUCGCCGGGCAGAACUGGUUAAAGUCCUAUGGCUAUCUGCUGCCCUCUGACUCACGGUCAUCUGCGUUGCACUCAGGGAAGGCCUUACAGUCAGCAGUCGCCACGAUGCAGCAGUUUUACGGGAUCCCUGUCACUGGUGUGUUGGAUCAGACAACAAUCGAGUGGAUGAAGAAACCCCGGUGUGGUGUCCCAGAUCACCCUCACUUGAGCCGAAGGCGGAGACACAAGCGAUAUGCCCUGACGGGACAGAAAUGGAGGCAGAAACACAUCACCUACAGCAUUCACAACUACACCCCAAAGGUGGGUGAGCUAGACACUCGGAAAGCUAUUCGCCAGGCUUUCGAUGUGUGGCAGAAGGUGACCCCGCUGACCUUUGAAGAGGUGCCAUACCACGAGAUCAAAAGUGACCGGAAGGAGGCAGACAUCAUGAUCUUCUUUGCCUCUGGUUUCCAUGGCGACAGCUCCCCAUUUGAUGGAGAAGGGGGAUUCCUGGCUCAUGCCUACUUCCCUGGCCCAGGGAUUGGUGGAGACACUCACUUUGACUCAGACGAGCCGUGGACGUUAGGAAAUGCCAACCAUGAUGGGAACGACCUCUUCCUGGUGGCUGUGCAUGAGCUGGGCCACGCGCUGGGCCUCGAGCACUCCAACGACCCCAGUGCCAUCAUGGCGCCCUUCUACCAGUACAUGGAGACGCACAACUUCAAGCUGCCUCAGGACGAUCUCCAGGGCAUCCAGAAGAUCUACGGACCCCCGGCCGAGCCCCUGGAGCCCACCAGGCCCCUCCCCACGCUGCCGGUCCGCAGGAUCCACUCACCGUCCGAGAGGAAGCAUGAGCGCCAGCCCAGGCCCCCUCGGCCACCCCUCGGGGACCGGCCAGCCACACCGGGCGCCAAACCCAACAUCUGUGACGGCAACUUCAACACGGUGGCCCUCUUCCGGGGCGAGAUGUUUGUGUUUAAGGAUCGCUGGUUCUGGCGCCUGCGCAAUAACCGGGUGCAGGAGGGCUACCCCAUGCAGAUCGAGCAGUUCUGGAAGGGCCUGCCCCCCCGCAUAGACGCAGCCUAUGAAAGGGCAGAUGGAAGAUUUGUCUUCUUCAAAGGUGACAAGUACUGGGUGUUUAAGGAGGUGACGGUGGAGCCUGGAUACCCCCACAGCCUGGGAGAGCUGGGCAGCUGUCUGCCCCGAGAAGGCAUUGAUACAGCUCUGCGCUGGGAACCUGUGGGCAAGACCUACUUUUUCAAAGGCGAGCGGUACUGGCGCUACAGCGAGGAGCGGCGGGCCACGGACCCCGGCUACCCCAAGCCCAUCACCGUGUGGAAGGGCAUCCCCCAGGCUCCUCAAGGGGCCUUCAUCAGCAAGGAAGGAUAUUACACCUACUUCUACAAGGGCCGGGACUACUGGAAGUUUGACAACCAGAAGCUAAGCGUGGAACCAGGCUACCCGCGCAACAUCCUGCGGGACUGGAUGGGCUGCAACCAGAAGGAGGCAGAGCGGCGCAAGGAGCGGAGGCUGCCCCAGGACGACGUGGACAUCAUGGUGACCAUCAAUGAUGUGCCGGGCUCUGUCAACGCGGUGGCCGUGGUUAUUCCCUGCAUCCUGUCCCUCUGCAUCCUGGUGCUGGUCUACACCAUCUUCCAGUUCAAGAACAAGGCGGGCCCUCAGCCUGUCACCUACUAUAAGCGGCCGGUCCAGGAGUGGGUGUGAGCAGCCCAGAGCCCUCUUUGUCCACUCAGUCUGGCCGGCCAGGCCCUUCCUCACCAGGGUCUGAGGGGCAGCUCUGGCCACUACCCACCGGGGCCAGCAAGGCCCUAGGCCAGCGGUCACGUAGCUGAAGUGGUGGUGCAUUGGCCUGGGCUGAGCAUGGAGCAGGGAGUGAUGGCGGCUGUGCCCCAGGGUGGGUGCCUGGUGCCCAGCUGCCAGCCUUCUGUCCUGGGUAACCGCUCCCUACUCCAGGGAACAGGCCAGGCCCCGUCAGGAGGCAGAGCCCAUGCCAGGAGGAGGCCCUGAGGUCACUGCGCCCCGUGGUGUCCAUGAGGCACCAUGGCGCCAUACCUGGCUGGACCCAGCACCUUCUGUGGGAAGCCAGCACAGCUCUCGGCCCCAUCUGGGAGAUGCCACCAGUCCUGGUCCCCCUUUGCCAACACCUGCUGGUCAGAUGUCCCCCCACCCCACUCCCACUGUCCUCCACGGCUACAGGACCCCUGCCGCCGACACAGUGGGCAACAAGCCCGGGUUUCCCCUGCUGGCCACAGCAGAUCCCUCAGGAAACCUGCUCCACAAGUCAGGGUCUCCUCGGAGACCCAGAAUUUAGGGUCACAUGCUGCAGGCAGGGCUGUGGCCCAGCUGGGUCUGACAAGGACCCAGCUGUCACGUCGUGAAUAUUUUAAUGUCCUGUCACUAUUGUUUAAAGUCCCAUUUUGCAAAGGCUGCUUGAGGCUUUAGGUGAAUUAGCGGUGACUGUCUUGGCGAGGCCAGCCCUCCCCGCAGCGAUAAGGACCAAGGUGCUGUUAAGGCCACUCCAGUGCCCCGACACCCCAGGAGCUGGGCCCUGCUAAUGAGGCCACCGGGUGGGAGCAGGAGCUGACCCCUCUCUGGAGGCUGACCUAAGUUUGUAGCUGUCCUCUACUCUCCCGUCUCUCUCACCAUCCCCCAAGUCCCUGCCCUGCUCCUGCCCUGCUCCAGCCUGUUGCCUAUGACCUGAGAGCUCAGCCUGAUUGGUUAGGUGAGACAGAAACGACUCCAGGCCAACACUCUCAUGACCCUCGGGGAAGGGGCCCAGGGCAGUCUUCUGAAAUGCUCAGAGCCCGCACCCCUAGGUGCCCUGAGACCAACUCAAUUUCUCAGCCCAGAAGCAGUGUUUAUACCAUGAGCUUGGCCCCUGCUAACCCAGCUCUCUGGGCCCACCACCCUGCACUGCUCUUCGGAAAAGGGCACCCAUAACUGCUAACAGCCCCUAGCCUAGGGGCCUGCCCUUCACUGUCUCUGGCAGGAAUUCCUAGGGCUUGGCUUGCCUCAUACCAAUCCAGGAAGAGGCAGACCUGCUUGUCGCUAAGGAGCCAGAGGCAGGACCAAUGGGCUCAAUGAUGUCCAUGGGCUCUCUGCCAAAUCCAAGAGGAGAUAUCAGUCUUUGGGGGUGCUGGCAGGGCCUCUGAGCCUGCACGGGCCUUGCCCCCAACCCUGUGGCCUCUGAGCUUUGGGUCUGCUUAACCUGUAGCAGACAGGGCCUCUGGGAGCCAUCUUGAGCAAAAUCUCUCUUGUCCCAGAGACACCUAUAUGGGUCCACUGUGU